AUGAAAAUCCAAGGAGAUAGAUAUCCAGCAAAUCACGUCCACGUAAAGAAUAAUGCAUCUCUUAAUCUAGUUGAUAAUCUUGUUCAUAAAUUGGGCAAUUAAUAAUUGAUAUUCCUAUAUAAGAACGACAUGAGGCUAACAAUAGGAUCAAUAGGUCAAUAUCAACAAAAGUAUCAUUUUUAUAAUUAAGCGCUAUAUCCGACAUACGACACGAGACAACAAUUUCUAUUAUUCUUAACAGAGAAAUUAAUUUUUCUUCGUGUAAAAAUGACUCGCUUUGCUCACUCGAGACAUUGAACUUUACGGCAAGAAUUCACGAAAUAUUACAAUAUUGUGAAUGAUUUAACUUGAAAGAAUACAGCCCGUUUCAUCACACGAGCUAGAAACGACAAACACGUAUACGACGAUAACACGAAGAAACGAGAACGGUUAAGGUGGAAAAGGAUUCGCCAAAAUCGCAUUGUAAGCUCUUUGAAGAUAUCCCUCGUUCUAACUCAAGAUAGCGAAGCGUGGAAGAUCAUCGGAUAA